AUGUCGUCAGAGGACAAAGAACUCACAGCCUUCCGCACUCCAAAAGGAAUUUAUUGUUACAAGAUGAUGCCAUUUGGCCUCAAGAAUGCAGGUGCGACCUAUCAACGUGCAAUGCAAAAGAUCUUUGGUGACAUGCUUCACAAGAAUGUCGAGUGCUACAUUGAUGACCUGGUGAUCAAGUCAAAAAGAAGAGAAGAUCACUUGAAAGACUUGAGAAUGGUGUUUAACAGAUUUCAGAAGUACCAACUCAAGAUGAACCCUUUGAAGUGUGCUUUCAGUGUCACGUCAGGUAAAUUUCUUGGUUUCAUAGUUAAACAUCAAGGCAUCGAAGUAGAUCAGACCAAGAUUAAAGCCAUCCGAGAUAUGCCCGAGCCAAGAAAUUUACGUGAGUUGAAGAGUUUACAAGGACGCCUUGCGUUUAUUUGGCGAUUCAUCUCAAACUUAGCAGGGAGGUGUCAACCAUUCAGUCGCCUUAUGAAAAAGGAUGUUCCAUUUGUUUGGGAUGAAGCUUGUCACAAUGCCUUUAAAAGCAUAAAGAAGUACCUAUCGAGUUCACCACUGUUAGGAGCUCCUAUUCCAAGCAAAUCACUCAUAUUGUACAUUGCCGUCCAAGAAAGAUCAAUUGGAGCCCUUUUAGCGCCAGAGAAUGAGUCACACAAAGAGCAAGCACUCUACUAUCUAAGCCGAACACUUACUGGUCCCGAAUUAAACUACAUGCCUAUAGAAAAGACGUGUCUUGCACUUAUUUUUGCUAUUCAAAAGUUAAGGCACUACAUGCAAGCGUUCACAGUUCAUCUAAUUGCACGAGCUGACCCGGUGAGGUACGUUAUGUCAAAACCAGUCUUUACGGGGUGUUUGGCCAAGUGGGCGUUACUUCUCAAUCAAUAUGAAAUCAUCUACACUCCAGCAAAGGUGGUUAAAGGGCAAGCUAUUGCAGAUUUCCUAGCCGAUCAUCCAGUUCCAGUAGACUGA